AUGGAGGAAACAUACCACUCCAACUAUUCAAAUAAUCAUGUCUCACGAGCUCUCACAACUGAGACCGAUCCUUUGGAUCUACCCUAUCGCCAGGUGACCGAGAACGCCAACAUGGAGGAAUACACGACGGAAACCACCACAGGAGAAAUCAUCAAACCAGUCCGGUCCGCUGCUACAGGGAAAACGGAAGACUGGAAGCUGGUAACCUUCAGUGUCGACGAUCCCGAGAACCCAAAAAAUUGGUCCAAAGCCUUCAAAUGGUAUUGUACCAUGGUGGUCUCAUUCACAUGCUUUGUCGUCGCUUUCGCCAGUAGCGUCAUCACGGCCGAUAUCGAAGGCCCUGCAGAACAAUUCGGCGUUUCUCGAGAGGUUAGCCUUGUCGUCGUUACUGUGUUCGUUAUUGGCUUUGGUGUCGGUCCCAUGGCUUUUGCCCCCCUGUCCGAAAUGGUGGGCCGGCGGAUGAUAUACGCAAGCACGCUCUUACUAGCUGUCAUUUUCAUUAUUCCCUGCGCCGUAGCUCCAAAUAUCGGGACCCUCAUUGUCUGCAGAGCUAUUGAUGGGAUCGCGUUCAGUGCUCCCAUGACGCUAGUGGGUGGAACUUUGGCCGAUCUUUGGAAGAAUGAAGAGCGAGGUGUUCCGAUGGCAGCGUUCUCAGCCAGUCCAUUCAUUGGGCCUGCCAUUGGACCGCUGGCUGGCGGUUAUCUCGCCGACGCUACUAACUGGAAGUGGCUUUACUGGUUGCAGUUAAUCCUGGCAUUUGUUGCUUGGGUGCUGAUUACCUUCACUGUUCCAGAAACGUAUGCACCAACUCUUCUCAAGCGAAGGGCGAAAAAAUUGAGAAAACAAGAGGACGAUCCUAGCUACGUCACGGAAACGGAACUAGAUUCUCGACCCAUGGGCGAGAAAUUGCGGGUGUUCCUCUUCCGCCCAUUUCAGCUUCUGUUCCUGGAACCCAUUGUUCUGUUCAUCGCGCUUUACAUGUCGGUUCUAUACGGUUUGCUGUACAUGUUCUUUGUUGCCUAUCCUGUGGUAUACCAAUCUGGGAAAGGAUGGAGUGCCGGCUCGACCGGUCUUAUGUUUAUCCCACUUGCCAUUGGCGUACUGAUGAGUGCCGCUUGCGCGCCUUUUGUCAACAAGCACUACCUAUCUCUUUACGCUAAGUACGGAGGAAAGCCUCCUGCUGAAGCUCGAUUGAUCCCGAUGAUGUUUUCUUGUUGGCUUAUACCCAUCGGACUGUUCAUUUUUGCUUGGACCUCAUAUCCCACUAUCCAUUGGAUCGGACCUGCCAUUGGAGGCUGGCCAGUCGGAUUCGGAUUUAUCUUUUUAUAUAAUUCGGCCAACAACUAUCUUGUGGAUACGUACCAGCACCAAGCCGCUUCUGCGCUUGCCGCUAAGACAUUCCUUCGCUCAAUGUGGGGUGCAUCAACCGUACUCUUCACUGAGCAGAUGUAUGAUCGUCUUGGGUAUCAGUGGGCAAGCUCCUUGCUUGCUUUCAUUGCCCUGGCUUGCUGCGCGAUCCCGUACGUCUUCUACUUCAAAGGAGCGUCCAUUCGGCGGUUUUCGCGUUAUGCCUUCAGUGACGACGAAGAAAAUGGCGAGAAGAGAUAA